UUAAGGUUUAGAGGAAGGGAAAUGCUUUGAAAUACUCUAUGGACCGUGGUCGCACUGACCUGAUUAUCAACGUGCCUUAUGUUCUUCAUCAUCAUUUUCACCAUGAUAGAAAUCUACGUGUACUCUUGUCUUCUUUCUGCUCUGAGUUUUGUGGAGAUGAAGCCUCUCAACAUAAGAGGCUGUGUUGGGGAAAUAGUGACAUUCAAAUGCUCAGACUGGAACAAUUUGUUUAAUGUAAGAUAUACUGAUAAGUACUUUUGUAGAAGUCCAUGCACCGAAGACAAACACAUCAUCAUCAAAGCAGCAUCUGGAAAGACUACACAACAAAACAGAAUACUGAUAAAUAACAGAGGAAAUGAUUUAUUUGUGACCUUCACUAAUCUGAAAAAGUCUGACGCUAAGACAUAUUACUGUGGAGUGGAGAGGAAGGGUCCUGAUAUAUUGAUAAAGGUGAAUCUUAAAGUUACAGAUGCUGCGUCUUACGGUCCCAAGAAAACUCCAGAAACAGUGGACACAUUUACAACUCUGUCAUCAGCUGUGUCAAACAGCUCCACUCUGUCUUCAAACAAUAAACAUAAUAUCACUGAUGUGUCAGCAUCGAACACGACCCUGAAUACUCCGACACCUUCUGCACAAGCAACACAAGCAGCCGGAAGUGUACCAUAUUUGAUUGCUGGUCUUAUUUUUACAUUCGCCUUAGUGAUGGCCGUGCUGCUGCUUACCAGGAAGCUGAUGAAGAGAGGACAGAGAGGCCUUGAUGUCAGCUCCCCACACGAGGACAUAUACGAUAGUGCACGGCCUGAUGAAGUCUACCAAUCCCUCCGCCCGUUAACAAUGGAUGAAGACCAAGUCUACAGCUCUCUCACAGAGGGGUCUGCUCUCCACACAACUUUAGACGAUCACUGCAGCAGAAAAUAAUGAUUGAAUCUUU